CCUGAGGUUAACAUGCUGAGUACGAGUUGGUAUAAAAGGGACCUGUGAGUGAGGGGAGCAUCAUCAUCUCUCCAGCCUCUGUCUCCGCACAGCUCCAGCCAUGGAUGACAUUUACAAGGCAGCGGUCGAGCAGUUGACGGAGGAACAGAAGAACGAAUUCAGAGCGGCCUUUGACAUCUUUGUGCAGGACGCGGAGGACGGCUGCAUCAGCACCAAGGAGCUGGGCAAAGUCAUGCGGAUGCUCGGCCAGAACCCAACCCCUGAGGAGCUGCAGGAGAAUGACGAGGUGGACGAGGAUGGUAGUGGCACCGUAGACUUUGAUGAGUUUUUGGUGAUGAUGGUCAGGUGUAUGAAAGACGACAGCAAAGGGAAGUCUGAGGAGGAACUGGCAGAUUUGUUCCGAAUGUUUGACAAGAACGCUGAUGGUUAUAUUGACCUGGACGAACUGCGGGUGAUGCUUGAGGCCACGGAUGAGCCCAUCACAGAGGACGACAUCGAGGAGCUGAUGCGAGAUGGAGACAAAAAUAAUGACGGCAAAAUCGACUAUGAUGAGUUCCUGGAAUUUAUGAAAGGCGUUGAGUAAAAUCUCAGUCACCGAACUUGGACUGUCUCGUCUCCAGGAAGAUUCUCCCGCUACACACCCGCAGCUGCCCGCUGACACCAGGCAGAGAAUUAGCAACUAUUUUUGAUUCAUUUGCCUCCCCUGAACUAGUUACUGUAAAUAAUUCCAUAUUGUGAUCACUUUCUGGGGGUAAUAAACCCUCCCAAAAAAAGAUUAUGACCACUCA